AUGUCUCCGCACGCGACGUCCAGGCGGGCCAAGUCGCGCCGCUGGCGAUCACUCCCUUUGGUCCUAUUCGUUGCAUUCGUGGUGUUCAUAUUCUGGCUGCAACCGAAGCAACCUCUCCGCGGCGAUAAGCAGGCGGCUGGCAAGACGGACACGCCAGUGAAUGCGGCAAUAGGGAAGGACGACCAGCUGGAUGGCGCUGCCCUCCACCUCGUGGCGAUGGAUCUGCAGCGUGGAAAGACAAUGAACCUAAGUGAAGAGCGCGAAACACUUCUGCGAUGUGCAUUCCUUACUUUGUCAGCUGUGGACGCCUGUGCGAAGAUGUUUAGUACCGUAUUUGGCGCGGCAGAGAAGCAGGGGGGUGCAGGAGCCGUUCUGCUGUUGCCGCUAAUGCCAGACUGUCCUGACAAGAACGUUCCUGGUGAUGUGGCGACGGAUUUUCUGCGUGGGACGAGCAGCACCAUCAUGCAACAACUUCCCAUUCAAAUUGGCAAGAUGCGGCGGAAAGCGGAAGAGAACGGCCUAGCGUUCCCGUCCUUAGAAUCGCUCCGUGAGGGCAUCCUGCGGGCGAGUGCACCACGCUGUGAAAACGCAUCGCUGCCCGCCCGCCUGAAAGCCCCCCACGACCUUGCUGGCGAGAUCAGCGACGUGCAGGUGGUGAGCGCGGAAUACCUGUUUCCCGAUACCCAUUCCUUCUCUGUAGACACCGCGGUGGCCAAUGUGGUUGGGGCGGCAACCACAACAUAUCUCCUGUUGCCGCAGCCACCUUCGACCUCACGUGUGCCUGUCGUCGUGGACACGUUUGUUAAAGUGGUGGCGAAACACAACUGUGAUGUGGUGCACCUCACGUCAAAUACUGCUGAGAGCGAGAGGGCCGGCGCGACACAUUCCACAACGCUGAUGUGGCGUGUGCGGUGCCCCCACACCAAGCCGGCGGAGUCGCCUGAGUCAGCGGGCCGAUCACCGUUGUGGCACCGCGUCGAUGUAGCGGCGCGGUCACCGCUGCUGUGCGAGCAUCUCACAGACCGCCUCGUACUCUCGCGCGUCGUCAAAUACGGGACGAAGACGGCCGUCCUGCGCGGGCAGUGGCGAGGCAAGGAAGUGAUGGUGAAGGUGCUGCACCCCUACCACUACUUCAGCUUCCAGGGGCUUCGCGUCUUCAUGCAGGCGCUGAGGAAACGCAGCCCGCUGAUCCAUUACCCCACCUUCAGCUGCUACUCCACAACACACGAUGCCAUCUUCCAGUUUCAACAGUUUCUCAGUGGCUACACAACACUAAAUUCGCUCAUGCUUUCACGUGGCAAACAUGGGGCGUUAUCGCUUCGGCAACGCGUGGAAAUUGCUGUGCAAAUUGUUUGCAUCUUUCAGUUCUUGCACGAGGAACACCCUGCGGGGCUAUUUGCAUACAGUGAUAACCACCCCAGUCAAUACUUGCUUAAGGAGGGUAGUGACGGACUAUUUCACGUGCGUCUCAUUGACAUUGAUACCCUCCAGCAGGGUAUUGCCCAAGCCAUUACGGAUACGCCGUACCCAUACAGUAACUACAGCUUGCGCUGUCGCUGUUUCUAUUGCAGGGGACGCUCUAAUUGUUUGUUUUAUAAUACAUACGAGGCGUACAAGGCCUGCGGUCAGCUUCAGGAUAGGCACGCGUGGAAUUCCGAAAUGCCACAUGCUGCGAGCGAUGGCCGUGUGUGUGAUGGUAGCACAGACAUGUGGUUUGAGGCGCAGCUGCUUUAUCUUCUGUUUGAUGGAACUCCGGCAUGGAGCUCCGUGGGGCGUGACGACCUCCUUCACCGAAUUGAGAUGCGCGCGGUCCCUUCAUUAAAAAGAGACUGGUCCGCAGUGAAAGCAGACUACAGUGAGGCUGUGAGCGAAGUGCUGUCUCACAUGUUCCUCUCACGUCCCAAAGAAGAGUCAGUGCUGCAGAAGCUGCGGCACCUCUGCGAAGUGGUGGGGUGCAGGGUGGCGGCGAAGUGCCCAGCACCGGUUCCGUCGUCAACGGGCCUCUACUCGUCGCCGCUCAACCUGCAACUGCGCUGA